UCGCUGUGAUUGUGUUUCAGUCCAACAUGGCAGGAGAAUCGCAGAAGAUGGAGGCUCCUCCUCUUUACACCGAGAUGCGUCGUUCUAAGUUCGUUUGGCGCUCUGUUCUCAUCUUCAAUCUCGCUCUUGGAGCAUACAUAUUUAGCAGACCAGUGAAGAAAGACUCACGAGGAAAAGAAAUAACAGCUACAAGUAAAGACAUGACUGUCCCCCCUGAGACAAGUGCUCCAGCUGAGACAACUACUCUGGAUUUUGAUGAAGUUAUCUUCUUUCCCACUGAGCCUGAGAAGGUACCAGAUUGUGAUGCAUUUCCGGGGCAGGGUUAUUCUCGCAGAACCAAGGCACAGCAAGGGGAGCUGUGAUUUAGGAAGUUGCUGUUAUAUGUUAUUAUUACACAGUUUAGUAAUUUAGAGAUUAUUAGAAAUUUAUUUAACUUAUUAGUCAUAAAAUUAGUUUCGGAAUCUUUGUAUUUUUAGUCAUUAGUUUUGAAAUCCUUGUAUUAUCCUAUAGAAUGGGGAGCUAGUUACAAUAAUAGCAAGCAGAAUUUUAAUCUGGAAAAGGGAGUUUUGAGUCAGCUGGUUCCUGCUCUUUGGUUAAGGGCUCUGUUAUGAGCUCACAUCACAGGCAAGGAACACAAAAGGAAAACAAAACGAAGAAUAGCAGCUGGCAAAGAAAAACACAAGAGGGAUAUUGGAAGAGAAGAGAAAGAUUAAUGCUGUUCAAGAUUGAUAGAUGUACUGAACUGCAUUUCUUCAAUUGCAUUUUUUGUUUGAGAGAAAUGCUACAGGAAAGAGAGGAAGCAGAAAGUAGGAGAAGAGCCAAAAAUUUUAAACUGUAGAGUUUUGACCAUUUUUCACUAGCUUCUUUUCCUGGUUUUAUAGAGUGUUGAUUCCUGUUUGUGCGAGUAUCCUUGUAUUCUCAAAUUAGUUGAAUGUAAAUUUUCCUAAUUUGUGUUGAUGGAAGAGAA